UGAGCUCACAGCAUCAGCCCACCAGAAAAAGAAAGGUCCCAGAAAACCUCUAUUCACUGCAUCACAGGAUCUUGAGAGGGCUAAGUGUCUCCAGUGAGCUCUCCUCAGGUUUAACUGCAGGGGUUUGAUGGAAUUUAUCGUCGUGGGCUGCUCCAACUGUAGGGAUCUUUUGCUUUCAGUGGAUUCUCCCAAAGCCUCUGCUGCCGGCCAGGAGUGUGUGUGGGGGUGUGGCACUGCUGUGCUCCCCCACAGGCUCUGGGGCAGUGCUGGUGAGCUGAGGCUGUUUGCUGACUGAACCAGGAUCUUUCUGAAGAAGCCUGCAGACGGAAUUGAGAAUUUUUUGCCUGAAGCAAGGGAUGUUUCCCGUGUUUAAGACAAGCAGCAACCUGCAGUCAGGAGGAAGAAGAGGCUGAAUUCACUCCAGAAGUAUUUCUCUGAGAUUUCCCUCCCCCCUCAAGGGACUUCAAAAUAAGAUCGUGAGGAGAAGACAAGAGGAUCCCGGGUGGCUCUGCUGUCAGCGUCUCUCGUUUUCCAUAGAAGAAUCUGAGGCUUCUCCUCGCCGCCGAACGCUUCUGUGUCCCAUCUGCUACCACACCCUGAAAUCAAACUCGGCAGCUUGGGUGAAGCAGGCACUGUACAAACAUGUCAGACUUGCCUCCACCCCUUUUUCCUCUCCCGUUUUCUCCUGCUGGCUUCUCCUCUCGGGUUGAUCAGUGUGUCAGCGGAUUCCGGCGGCGGCGGAGCAUUCCCGUUCUCACCUCACCCCUGGUGACGGAGCAAUGAGGAGUCAGGGGGAUGGUUCUGAAAGGGAAGAAACCCUUGGAGCUGAAUUCCUUUGGGAAGGAGUUUGCUUCAUCUUUACUCCUAUAGCCCAGCAACACUGUCCUCCAAUCGGCUUUGCUGCAUGACAGUGGGAGAGUUUCCCUCCAGAUCCUUCCUUUCACUUGGACUUGUCCUCCACCAGCGUUUCUGCAGUAGGACUACCGGCACCAUGUUCCGCAAGAAGAAGAAGAAACGCCCGGAGAUCUCGGCUCCGCAGAACUUCGAGCACCGUGUCCACACUUCCUUUGACCCAAAGGAGGGGAAAUUUGUGGGCCUGCCCCCACAAUGGCAGAAUAUUCUAGACACGCUGAGGCGCCCCAAGCCAGUGGUCGACCCUUCAAGGAUCACAAGGAUGCAACUCCAGCCUAUGAAGACUGUGGUGAGGGGCAGCACAGUGGAAGUGGAAGGUUACAUCUCUGGGAUCCUCAAUGACAUCCAGAAGCUUUCUGCCAUCAGUUCCAACACCCUGAGGGGAAGGAGCCCCACCAGCAGGAGAAGAGCACAGUCCCUUGGGCUCUUGGGUGAAGAAAGACCCCCAGAUAUGUAUCUUCAGAGUCCUGAAGCAGACUGGGCAGACAAAUAUGGAAACUACCUCAACUGCAAUGGUGGGACCAAGGUGACCCGGAGGCAGACUAUGUGGCCAGACUACAAACCCCGCUUGGAAGGACAGGCUCAUCCCAAUGGUAUGGUCAUGAAAGCACAGUCCCUUGGGCCUUCAGAGUUCCAGGGUGCUGAUGGCAGCUGCCUCCAGCGUGCUCCUGCUCUGCAGCACAUGCCAACCCUGCCUGGGGAGAGUGACAAGAUGGGAAAGAGAAACUCAGAAGAGUGCUGGCCUCAGCCAUGUCUCCUACGCCAGGCAAACUCCAGGCCCUCAGGGGAGGGCAGCCCCAGCUCCAAGUCAAGGGAGAACAGCCUGAAGAGGAGGCUGCUGCGCAGUGUGUUCCCCUCGUCCAGCAGCUCAAACAAGUUGGGUCCUUCCCUGCAGAUGAAGCCUAAUGCUUUCUUCAGGCCCCAGCAAUGGGGCUCACCACGCAGCCCUGCGGCCAAAGCCCUGUCUCUUCCAUCAGAUCAGCCUGCAUCUGAUUUCCCCAGGAUGAUCUCAGAAGCUGGAACGCCCCAGAAGUCACCAACAGUGGAGAAGGUGGCUGCAGUGCCACAGGGCAGGCCAUCUCCAGCAGGUUCUCCCAGGAACCGGCAGACUCAGACCAGUUCCAGCAACCUCCACCUUCCUCAGGACUCCUUGGUGAAAGGGCAGCUGGCCAGUGAAGACCCAGUGGUUGUGACUCACGAGCAGUUCAAAGCUGCCCUCAGGAUGGUGGUGGACCAGGGGGAUCCCCGGACAAUGCUGGAGAACUAUGUAAAGAUCGGUGAAGGCUCCACAGGCAUCGUCUGCAUCGCUCGGGAGAAGCACUCGGGGAGGCAGGUGGCAGUGAAAAUGAUGGACCUGAGGAAGCAGCAGCGCAGGGAGCUCCUUUUUAAUGAGGUGGUGAUAAUGAGGGACUAUCAACAUGUCAAUGUGGUGGAGAUGUACAAGAGCUAUUUAGUGGGAGAGGAACUCUGGGUGCUGAUGGAAUUCCUGCAAGGAGGAGCCCUCACAGACAUUGUGUCUCAGAUCAGGCUAAAUGAAGAGCAAAUUGCAACAGUGUGUGAGUCAGUGCUGCAGGCUCUGACCUAUCUUCACUCUCAGGGGGUCAUUCACCGAGAUAUUAAGAGCGACUCCAUUCUUCUGACACUGGAUGGAAGGGUCAAACUCUCAGAUUUUGGCUUCUGUGCUCAGAUCAGUAAAGAUGUACCCAAAAGAAAGUCCUUAGUAGGUACUCCUUACUGGAUGGCUCCAGAAGUUAUUGCAAGGAUACCAUACACUACUGAGGUGGAUAUCUGGUCUCUGGGGAUCAUGGUGAUAGAGAUGGUGGAUGGAGAACCCCCAUAUUUCAGUGACUCACCAGUCCAGGCAAUGAAGAGACUCCGUGACAGUCCUCCUCCCAAGCUGAAAAACUUCCACAGGACCUCCCCAGUUCUGAGAGAUUUUUUGGAAAGGAUGUUGACCCGGGAUCCACUGGAAAGAGCAACGGCACAAGAACUUCUGGAUCACCCCUUUCUGCUCCAGACAGGACUCCCAGAGUGCCUGGUGCCCCUCAUCCAGCAGUACAGGAAGCGUACCUCCACCUGCUGACUUCAAGGACAAAUGCUACAACAGAGAAAUGUUUCUAGGAACCCCAAACAUAUCAGGAGACCAAGAGUCUCCUCCUGCAAAUGGUGCUUGGAACUUGUCAGCAAUCGUUUCAGAAGAUGGCUGUGACUCUGUCCUGGCAUUCUCAGCCUUUUGUGGCUUCUUUUGCUGAAGACAAUCAAUGCAUACCAGAUCCCAGUAAGACCAAGGAUGUCUCAAGAGUAAAGCAGGUGGAUCACUUGGCUUGUGGAUCACUUCUUCCAAUAAACGGAGCCUGAAGUUCUGGAUCUGAAUGUCUGCAAGUUUCUGCAAACCUUGGCUGCUGUCUACUGAACUGAAACAAUAUUUCCCAACUAGAAAUGUGAUCUUCAUCUCCUUAGCUAUCCACUGGAGGCUUGAGCUGACUCAAAUGUACGUUUUCGGGCACAGAUCCCUUUAAACUCUAAACAAUGCACAAAGACUCAACAUUUUUUUCCCCCCUGACACUUUCUCACAGGUGAUUUUAACUUCCUUUGGUGAAAGGUGGGCCUAGAAAGCUGCAGGUCCUUUCCCAGGAGCAGACGUGGUGUGUACAUACUUGUUCCUAAGUGGCUCUCUUGCAUCAACGUGCUUCUCUUUUGCUGCGGAAUAUCUAUGGUUUAGUGGUCAAUCUUGAAUCCAUUUCAUCAUCUUGAACUUUUGGAAGGGGGAGCCUUUGGAUCCAGGCCUUGAAACAGACUCUGUGAUGAAGGUUCUCUUGCCAGCAGGAUCUCGUAGUUGAAAAUUCAUCUGCAACACUUCCAGUGCUGGCUGGAAUGGAGGGUCUGUGACAGCUCGUUCCUGUGUUUGGUUCCCAGGCACCUUUCUCUCCAAGCCUUCUCCCAGGAGAGGCUGAGAAGGUGCUGCCCUGGGUAGUGCUUUGAGGAUGCUCUAGGAGACUGAACUAACAGGUUUCAGCUGUCCUGGAAGUUCCAGGAGAAAUUUCUGUGUUCAUGUGAGGUGUUUUGUUGAGCCUCUGUCACCUCCCCUGCUUCCUAUGGGGGGAGAAGGAAAACUUUGGAUGUGUUUCAUUGUUGGUGUGCCCUUCCCCACCAUCCCUGUGCUGCUAGGUUCAGAAGGUUGCUACUGGUUGUCUCAAGAGCUCUUUCAGGUGUCUGCAAAGAGAUGUAGCUGUUGUUUGGUGCACCUUCUGAUCAUGAGACAGCUAAGGGUCACUGGGUGUCACAGGCUGAGUUCAGCCCAUGGCACUAGGUCAGGAUGUGCUGCUGUACAGUAACGGUGUGUGUUGUGGUGAGGUCUCUGGAUGUAAUCUUACACGUGGAACUGGGAUCCUGUUUGGAAACUCCAGAUACAAAUUCAUUGGGAUUGAAGUUGUUCUUGGGCCAGUCCCACUGUCUUGGAAACUAACCUCAGAACUGCAUUUUCUUCAGGAGAUGUCAAUCAGCUCUGUCUUCUGCUAUUUAUUCCAGUUACAGAUCCUUGCUUCAAGGUUGAAGCCACAGUUGAUUACUUGAAGUAAUAUGGGGUGGAAUUCAUCUGCACUGAUGCCAGCCAUCAAAUGGUGGUCACCUAGUCUGCAAAGGGUUUAGGUUGGCUUUGUAGACCCAGGUGAGAGCAAACCUCCAUAAGGGUGUUCACCUCCCUUCCCUCAGAUACCUGCUGAAGGGUGACCUGGUUGUCCUUUGACAGCACCCUGCCUGUGGCCAGGAGAGGGAUGGCAGAUGGUGUGCCAAGGCUCGAUGGCAAAGUUUGGGGCUGAUGAAGCUGAUUGAAAUGAAUUUGUUUAGCUCCUCCUUAGCUGCACUGGAAAAAUUUUUGAUGUAAAAUGUUUCUGUAUUCCAGAUAUUCUGCUUUUUUAUGCAAAGGAGCAGGGCUUUGAGAAGAUUUCUAAUUUGAGACAAACGAUCCUGCUCGUCUGUACUUGUGAAUCCUUUGCACUUGUGUUUUAAAUUAAAGUAGAUCUUGAUUUAUUCAUAA